AUGCCCAAAAGAAGCUGCAAAGACAAUGACACUGGAGAAGCUGUUAGGACUGACUCCAACCACAAAUCCAUAGGUGGAAAGGGUCUGCAGUGGGUCAUAUUCCUGUGUGAAAAGGAGAAAGCUCUUUUGGGGGUAUACUCGCAUCCCCUGGUUCUAGGGUGA